AUGACAUUUGCCGACUUAGGUGGAGGACACCAUCUUGUGGUCUCGGUAAUAUGUAAAUCGCCGUGGUUCCAAAACAUCAGAGAAAACUGCAUGGCCAUAUUUGUUCACAGUGCUUCAUUGAAUUAUAUUGAAAUGGGGCAAUUUUAUAAUUUUCAUAGAGUAAUGUUAUAAAUGACAUUGCAUAUCUGGACGAAAUACUCUCAUGCAGAACAUGAGUAGGUGGAUAAGCAUCUAACAAACUCCGAGCAUCAAAUUGUAUCUGAGCAAACAUCGAUUUAACAAUUUAUCAAGAACAAAGGUAUUGGAAAAGCAUUUGAUUAAUGCAAUGGACCAAAGUAAUGGAAAUGAUGCACCUUCUCUUCCAAGAUGGGAAAGUUUUCUGAUUAAUGGCCAUGAGUUUGGUGGGGAUUUCCCUUCUGGACCUUACAACAGAAUGAUUGCAAAAUUAUACGGAACAGGCGGUGAGUCCUCUGAAACCAUCAAUAAAUAUAGAAUGGACAACCAACAACCCACUAUGGGCCCAACAAGUGGCCAAUCGUUAUACCCUUUUCAUGAGAGUGUUCAGAAAAAGUCACUGAAUAGACUGUUGUCUGUGAGUGUCCAACCUAGACAGGAAGAUAUGGCUGUGAACACUCAUUCAGCAUCUCAGCUUCUUUGCAGCCCCAACAAAAAGAUACAUGAGGAUGUGUUUAGCAGGUUUGGCCUAAGUGGAGCCCAGUUAGCAACUGGAGAAAAACAGGAUGAACCUACUAAAAGUAGCCAGUCUAAGGACCUUGUGUUUAGCAGGUUUCGCUUAAGUGGAGCCCAGUUACCAAAUGGAUUAGAACAGGAUGAACCUACUAAAAGUGGCCUGGCUAAGGACCUUUUGUUUAGCAGGUUUGGCUUAAGUGGAGCCCAGUUACCAAAUGGAGAAAAACAGGGUGAACCUUCAAAUUUAGUUUCAGUAGAUGGCCAGUCUAAGGAACAUGAUGAAAAAUUGAAAGUGGAUGGUGUACCUCCAGGGGUUAUAUUCAUGUGCAACAGAAAAACUAGGCAGACUUGCUUUCAAUUUAGUUUGUUUGGCCUGCCUGGUUCACAGAUAAAAUUAGUAAGGCGUAUCGUGCCAGGAACUAAGCUGUUCCUGUUUGUGUUGGAUUCACGAGAGUUGCAAGGCAUUUUUGAGGCAACUUCAAAUGGCGGUUUUAAUCUAGAUGCAAUGGCUUUUGUUGGGGCAUUUCCUUCUCAGGUGCGGUUUCGCAUUUGCAAGGAAUGCAAGCCUCUUGCCGAGAAGGAUUUCAGAGAAGCAAUAAAAGACAAUUACUUUGCUCAUAACAAGUUUAGUAAUGAACUUACUUCCCAGCAGGUUUCAUCUCUUAUUCAAUUAUUUUGCCCAGAAGGAUUUGUUGAUGGAAAGAUACAAAAUCAUCAAGACUUAUUAUUACGUCACUCAAAUGCGGGUUCAUCAAGGGAUUAUGCAGCUUUGGAUCUUGCAGAAAAUCAAUCUGAAAAGAGUAUGGAUAUCAGUCCUCAAAAUUCGCCUACCAUGGGACGUGGAGAGGAUAUUUAUGGUAAGGAAAGAAAUUAUUUGACCAGUUUAAGAGUCCCAAACCGUCCAUAUAAGGUGAAUGCAAGUGAUAAAUACUUACACAGUUCUCUAUAUAGUUCUAACUUACAGCCUAGGGCAAGCAGCAUUCAAAGUCAUCUGUGUAAUGAGUGGCCUGUUGAAGGUAACUUUCAUCAUAACAAAAAGCAUCAUGAUUCUCUACACCCCUCGUAUGCACCUAGCUGCCUACAGUCAGGGGAUGGUGAGAUAUCAGGUUCGAGGUUCAGUGAAGAAACAGAGAAAGGUAAAUUCCAGGCACAUGAUUCUCUUGAGGCUUCAGAUCAGUAUGUUCCUAGAUCUAGAUCGUGGUUCCCAGAAACAGUCACAGGUGAUUCAAUAGAACAAAACAGGAUUUUGCAGCCAAAUUCCAUGGACAGAAAUGCAUAUAAUGACAGAUCAGGUAUUUCAGGGCAAGAAAGGGCUGAACAUUUGGAUAGAGUUUAUCAAUUCUAUGAACAGGAAUUUUAUGCCUCACGAGGUCUUCUGCAGGGACAAAUUGAUGGAUCUAGUUUACAUACUCACAAAAGAGUGUCAGAUGAUAUUUUAAACAACACGUCAAACUCACAUCCCUUGAAGAAACCAAAUUACUACAGAGAGUCUCAUCAAGACAUGUUAAAAGAAAACACAGAGUCUGUUAACAGACUCCCAGAUAAUGGCGAUUGGAUGAAAAAUUCACCACAGGUAGAAAAUAGGUUAGACAAACUAAAUCCCAUGCAAGUUUUUUCAAGUACACACCAUAUGCCUGUGCCUAAUCCUCAAGAGUUGGAAAGAGGUCUUGUUUCUCAACCCACAGAAUCUGGUUUGCAACAUUUUUAUGGUCCAGUUGGAGGACCAAAAUUCACUAAUCGCUAUUGAGUUGCACAAGUGAGACACAUGCUGGAGGAGUUGACGUGACACUAUAUUCAGGAAGUGUUUCUUGAGAGUUUCUAAUAGUGUUAUGAAGAAGUUGUAGAAGCAAAGUGUUUGGAUAAUUUUCUCUGUAUGUCACUGCAUUUCUAUUUUACACUUCUGCAGGAUAUAGGCACAUAGCUUUCUGUAAGAGCUUUUGCAGUAUAUAUGCAUAAAGCAGUCAUGAAGUGUUUCUUGGGAGUUUCUAACACAGUGUUAUGAUGAGAAUUGUAGAAGGAAAGCAAUUAGAUAUUAUUAUUUUCUAUAUCAAUGACUUCGCAUUUCUUUCGACACAGUGAAGCUUUUGUGAGGGCUUUUGCAGGAUAUAUGCAUACGGCAAGGAUGAUUUAUUAGUCAUUUAUGCAAAUAAUCCAAAAUGAAAUAUGGAUAAGCCAAAGGAAUCUUAUCUAAUUCUCAUCCUUGAACCCAUGGCUCUCAUAGGUGGAACACCAGGGAGUUAAAAAAUAUGAUGCAUCUCCAUACCUAUUUGAUGAUACUUGGUUGUAAUUUGUGUGCAAUCUUAUACGUUUUACUUUACCA